CCAUUUCUAUAUUGGUCUAAUAGAGUAAUGGAAAGUGCUAACAACUUCCCUGAGCUGCUAGAGACAUGUGGUAUAAUUUAUCAAUCAGGGACCUCAAGCACUGCGACCUGCGCUUCCAAUACCCCUACACAUAACCGCAUGCCAUUCUUCACCGCAGCACAGCGACUUUGAAAAAGUUACCUACCCCGAUAGUUUGCCUACGGAAAACGCGACCAUCACGAGAUGGACUUGUACGACUUCGUCACCUACAAAAGAUUGUGUCGAAAAGAUUGGACCCAAACCUAUCCAAAAUAGGAAAGAAGGUACAUAACCGGAACGAAAAGCGGUAUCGAGAUAAUAUAAAUGCUAAAUUUAAGCAACUCGAAG